AUGGCGCCAGCAAGCUUACAUAUGCAGGAUAUUCAGGCUGCCAUCACAGUAGAUCCAAUGGUAGACCCCAGUGACAGUGAGACUGACGAAUUUGGCACCAAUGAAUCCCACGUUUCUUUACAUCCUCAAGCCAACACCAACUUUCCAACAAUUUCUGCAGCGCAAGCAAACCAUGCAGGGGCCCAAGAUAGUGCAAGCAGCAGCAAUGCCAGCAAUAUUGGACUAGCGGUUGCAGAGCUGGUGCAAGAGGAUGACAUGCCGCGGCAACAUGCCGCAGAAGUUCAAAUGGAUGAAUCGAUACAAAGGAAGCAAGGAUCAAUGAAACGAUUCAAAAUUUGGAUUCUGUUGGGAGGCAUUCUCUUCAUCACUGCUGUUGCAGUAUUGAUUGCAGUUCUUGUCAGUGGAGGCACACCAGAUGAGUCUGAGUCACAGUCGUCAUUGGAGACACCAGUCAACAUUUCUGAUUCUCAACCAUCAGGUAUGGAAGAGAUGGAACAAGCCUUACUGACUCUAUUCCCAGAAGAAACUGUUCAGGCCAUCAAGGGAGACUCAGAGUCCCCCCAAUCUCAAGCACUCCAAUGGCUGAUUGCUGACAUUGACAGCCAAAAACAAGUGCCAUUUAAUGACCAAAUCAAGCAACGGUUUGCUUUGGCUACACUCUACUUUGCCACCAGCGGAGCCUCAUGGACCAACAAUGAAUUCUGGCUUGACCACAACAUCCAUGAGUGUGACUGGUUUAUCAAGCCAGACUUUGCUUUGAAGGGAAAAGUGUCUCAAUUUCUCAAUGGUUACCUGAAAGAAAUGUUUCCUCCAACUGACCCGCCUCCAACAACUUGCAAUGCCCAUGGGUUGUUUCAGAAUCUCUGGUUGGAUGAAAACAAUCUGCGUGGUACACUGCCAGAGGAACUCUUCUGGCUAUCAUCCCUUGAGACUCUCUCAUUAGGAGCCAACAGUCUACGUGGGAGUAUUUCUAGCCAUAUCGGAAAGCUGACCUCAUUACAAGGGCUGGCAAUUUCAUUCUUGCGCAAUGCUGGGAUGAUUCCAACCGAACUUGCCUUGCUCACAAAUCUGGGUUCUUUGGGAUUAAAUGACAACUGGCACACUGGAUCAAUUCCCACUGAGAUAUGGCAGCUGACUACUCUGCAAACACUUGGUCUGAGCCUAAAUCCUGAUUUAAAAGGCACCAUUCCAACUGAGAUUGGAUCCCUUCCCAAGCUGAGAUGGAUGAACCUUGAUGAUUGUGACAUCUCUGGCAGCAUUCCCACAGAACUUGGCAAGUUGGAAUAUCUGGAAUGGAUGGUUCUUGAGAGGAACAGGUUGACUGGGACAGUGCCGUCAGAACUUGGUGUACUUCCCAGUAUCUUGUUGAUGUCUUUUUACAACAACUCUCUUCAGGGAACCUUGCCAACCGAGCUGGGACUCCUAACAUCGCUCACACUGCUGAAUGCUCGUAACAAUUCUCUUUUUGGCUCUAUUCCAAGUGAAUACGGCCUUCUGUCCUCCUUGGCGUUGGGUCUUGAACUCCAAGACAACCUUCUCUCUGGUACAAUACCAGUGCAACUAGCCAACCUGGUCAAUAUGUGGAGACUUAGUUUGCAAGAGAACCAACUCUCUGGCCACAUACCAAGUGAAUUUGGCAAGAUGUUAGUUUUGGGACUGUUGAAUCUUGCCAACAACUCCCUCUCUGGAACUGUGCCUCAAGAACUGGGAGAACUGAAACAAUCACUAUUUUCUUUGAACUUGGAAGGAAAUUCACUCUUGUCUGGAGAACUUCCAGAUCCCCUUUGUAGCCUUGAUGGCUAUUGUUUUGGUGUUGCAUCCUUGCCCUGUUACAACUAUGGUGUCCAUUUUGACUGUGGCAACUUGAUAUGUGGCUGUGGAUGCCCUUGCGACGAUAACUAGCUAUAGGUCGCAAUUGAGUUCUUUCAUUUUUGAAGGGCUAUCAAAUGGCCGGC